CCCGCCGGUGGAUUAUGAGCUCAGUCGCCCUGCCUGACCGCCAACAUUCAAACUCGGCCCACCACGGCGCCAAAAGCGCGCAGCAGGUGCCCGGCGACAUGGCCGUGUACUGCGACAAGUACAACAUGUAUCACCAGCAGAACCUGCACGGGUCGCAGAGAGGGCCCAGCUACCCGCUGGGUGAAUACCACGGAGCCAGCAACCCGUACCUCUGGCUCAACGGGCCGGGCACCAACGCGUCGCCACAUUACCUCCACGGCAGCGGCUCGGGUUCCUUCGUGUCCCCUGCCUACGGCGGCAGCCAGAAGCAGUUCUUGCCCGCUUCCCCGGGCUUCACCGGCACCGACCUGGGCUGGCUCUCUCUCACUAGCCAAGAGGAACUCCUCAAGCUGGUCAGACCUCCUUACUCUUAUUCCGCGCUCAUCGCCAUGGCCAUCCAGAAUGCCCCGGAGAAGAAGCUGACCUUGAGUCAGAUCUACCAGUACGUGGCUGAGAACUUCCCCUUCUAUAAGAAGAGCAAGGCGGGCUGGCAGAACUCCAUACGCCACAACCUGUCCCUCAACGACUGCUUCAAGAAAGUGCCCAGAGACGAGGAUGACCCGGGGAAGGGGAAUUAUUGGACCUUGGACCCAAACUGCGAGAAAAUGUUCGACAAUGGGAACUUUCGCAGGAAAAGGAAACGGAGGGCUGAUUCUAACCCGGGGGUCGGCCACUCGCUGGCCGCUAAAAGCCAGGACAUUGUGGGGUUGCAGAUCCCGGAGACACCGUCUGUCUUGCUGGACGCGGCUUCUCACGACCCCGAUCACUCGCGGGGCCCCGCCGCCGCCGCCGCCGCCGCCGACCACCCGAAGCUUUCGGCCAGCGCCUGUGUCAACGGCUUCUUCAACGGCAUGGCUUCCAUGGCUCGGCCCAUGUCCGCGGGGCUGAGCAGCGACUUUACCCAGCGAGGGGCUGCCCCUCUGGGCUCCUACUUGUCCAGCGGCCCUCGAUCCUCACAGGAAGCGGCGGACGGGGGAUCGGACGCCUGCCAUCUCAACCGCUCUGCCUACUACAACCCCUUCCCCGGGGGCCAAGGGAACCAAUUCAACAGCCACUUCUACAAUAGCUUCAGUGUAGACAGUCUGAUCUACCCUAGGGAAGGUGCUGAAUCCUGAACCCCCCCAA